UAAUAUGCAUCUUAAAUAGGAUUUUAUCUCCAAAAAGUCCCAAUUGGAUGAAGAAAAUAAAACCAAGUAAAUAAGCCAAGAAAAUAGACAGGCCAGCCAAGGGAUGCACACUUGGAGAACGGUGCAGAUCAGUUGGUACGCCAAACACAUAGGCUUUACCAUGUCCCUUCAGCAUCAAUAUUAUUAUGCCGAACAGUGCAAGAGUCCCAUAAAGUCAUCUAGGAUAUGGCGUUGUUAAUGUCCACUUGACCUAAAGGUACACCUCGGUUAAGAGGAUGGGUGCAAAGCAGCUUUGGCAUGUGGAUAACUUUUUCAAUAACAGUCGCACCAUUCACGCGCUCCUCCUCAGCCAAAGAAAACGUCACAAGAAUUUAUGCUCCCAAUUGCGUAGCUCACAGCCCUAAACUUAGUCACAGCUCUCCUCCUCUCUCUUUCCGCAUCACAGACUUUAAGCGACUUUAGACUCUUUCCGCAUCACAGACUCUACAGCUCUUCCUCUCCUCCAGCCUCCACCACCAACAAUUCUCAGAUCUAUCAUCAUGUCAACCGUUUCAGCAGAAGCUCCAUCAUCGAAGAAACCCAAAAUUGCUUCCGGAGAAAACCACCGGGAAUCCACACCAGAGUCGCCGGAAAACAUACACACCACCACCAACAUCACCGGCGUAACACCAGUUGCCGCAACCCCAAACACUGACAGGAAACCCAGGUUCCAGAGGGUCUUCUCUGAAGAAGAUGAGAUCCAUCUACUGAAAGGUUUUCAAGAAAUCACUCAAGAUACACCAAAUCCAGCCACGGCUGGUCCUAUGCUUUAUGAGCGUGUUGGUAAAUCGUUGAGUGGUGAAAUUAAUCAGACCCAGCUUAUUGAAAAGAUUCGUAAACUCCGUCAGAAGUAUACUAAACAGGUGAUGGAAAAUAUAAUGCCUAAGAACCCUCAUGACAAAGAAGUCUUCGAUAUUUCCAACGAGAUCUGGGGUGAAAAUCCAGCUCGUGGGAGGAGAAGUUCACCCAAAGGGCCUUCUAAUAAGAGAGUGCGGAAGAGGAAAUCAUCUUCAGGUGGUGAUGUCCCCAAAGGAGGUAUUAUUGUAGGUUUACCAUCAUCAUCUUUGCCUCCUGCAGAUAACAACAACAAUGACAACAAAGCUCAUGUUGCUGACAAAGCUUAUUAUGCUGCUGAAGGUCUAAAUGGGGCCGAUGAUGCCGCUGCUGCUGUUACUGUUGCUUUUGCUCCUGCUGUGAAGAUAGAUCUUGCGAGUAAUUAUUCGUAUUUGAUGGAAGAAAUGAAUCGAUUACCUGGGAAUUCUAUUAUGAAACACGGUGUCAAGUGUUUGGAUCGAGCUGAACUGGGAAGGUUUAAUCAGAAUUGGCGAUUGCUGCAGAUUGAGGAAGCUCAGCUUUCACUUCGCCGCAACGCAAUGAUUCAUGAGCAAACCAAGUUGAUCUUAGAAGCUAUUGCAGCAGCCUCUAAGAAUGGGAACUAAGGAUGGAUUCUUUAAUCUUCGGAUUGAAUUUUAAUGAAAUUCCCAUGUUAUUUUGCAAUGUAUAUGCAAAGAAUUUGUGUUUAAUUUAGGAAGGUGUCUUAGUUUUCUCGGUUUCGAAGUGUUUAGUUUUGUUCUUGUUGCUUCUUUUGGGAUUGCUCCUGCUAUCAUGUAAGGUCAUGAACUCAAGAACUUUAUUCUAGUAGUAUAUCUUUUGUUUGAGUACUAGCCAUUUUUCUCUUCUUUAA